ACGAACAGUGUCUCGCACUGUAAAGAAAUGCCCUCCUCGUAAUUAGAUUAAUUUGCCAUUAAUGUCCAUUUCGGGAGUUAUAACUGAAGCUUGCAGUUCGACUUCAACAAUGGACUCAGACACAAGCAGCUGUACAGAGAGCCAGUCCCAGGCAGAGUCUGAUCAGCAAGUUCUAGCUACACCCAUGAGGCCACCACUCAACCUGAUAGAGACUGGAGGAGGCCUGAAGGUACAGACGACCACACCUCACCUGGUUGGCCUGGGCAGUGGCCGGCUCAGUGUUGCCAUCACACUUAUGCCCCUAAAUGAAGGUGUGACCCGAAUUGGCCGAGAGGAUGCGUCCGUACCUCAAGACAUCACUAUUGAGGGCCUGGGUAUAGAGGCAGAGCAUUGUCGUAUUAUAAACAGAGGAGGAGUCAUCACUCUUCACCCUUCCGGAAACCUGUGCUCACUUGAUGGAGUCCAUGUCUCAAAGCCAACAUUGCUGACACAAGGAUUCACACUCUGUCUGGGUAAAUCCUACUUCUUCCGCUUUAACCACCCUGAGGAGGCCAGACGUAUGAAGAGCAUGCAGCCCCAGAAGAGUCCUGUCGCCACUAUGGGCUACAGCUCAGACUGUGUAAAGACUGAGCACAGCAAUGGCGGCUCAGUGGGAGGCACCAUGAUGAGAGGCUCCCGAUCGAAGGCGGAGCUGCAGGACCUGAUGGAGACUCUGCAACGCCGGAAGAGUGCUCUAGAGGCUAGCCUGAGGGCCAGCGCAGAAUCUACCCGUACCUACCUCAGCCUGCCCCCUCCCAGCCCCCUGUCCCCCACGCCCCCCAGGAGUGCCGAGCGCCCCCCCUCCUCCAGAGGCCUCCCCUACAUGACCAGUAGUAGCAUGCCCCCGUCCCCUCGCCAGGGUGAGCGUCCUCUCAGCCCCAAACCGCCAUACACCCGCUCACGCCACCAAUCACAGGACAGCCUGCUCCUCUCUAGCUCCUCUGACAGGCAUUGCCCAAAUGUAGCCAGUUCUCUCCUAUCCAUGUGGAAUGGUUCCUCUUCCUAUGGGGAGCCUGCACACAGUCCUCCUCAGGGCCACAGUGGGGCGGCCAGCAUGCCCUCCAGCCCUCGCCUAGGUCGAAGGUUCUAUGCCCAGGGCCGGAACGGGGACAAUGGUAUGGACCCUGCGCCACGUCAGAGGAAGUACUCUACAGGGUCACUCAACGGCCUGGGCUCUACCCACAGCCGCUCUCUACCCCGCCUCCACCGUUCGGCAGACUCCACAGCCCUGUCCCUGCCCCCACGCCGCUCCGUGGGCUCCCACAGAGGGGAGAAGGGUUCUGUGUCCCUGUCCUCCAAAACGAGGCGCAGCCUGUCUCCUCUGGAGCGGCCGCCAGACGUAACAGUGCUAGCAACAGCCAGCGUACCGGGUACUCCCCGCAGGGCCAGCCUGGCCUCUCUGGCCUCGCUGGGCUGUGAACUGGAGCAUGGGGGCCUGCGGGGCUCCUCACCCUGCCUGGACCUGGGCUUGGGGGAGAGGAGGCAGUCCUUUGGGAUGGGUGGGCUGGGGCUGAGAUCAAGAAGAGGCAGCAUCAGCUCUCUGAAUGGGAAGGAGGAGCUUACAGACUACCACAAGCACCAGAGAGACGAGAGGCUCAGAGAACAGGAGGUGCAGAGACUGGAGCACCAGCGGCUGGAGACCAUCCUGAGCCUGUGUACUGAGCUGGUCCAGGACCAGGGCGGCUCGGCCAUCUCCGACCUGCAGAAGAUCAACAAGGAGCUGGAGAAGCUGCAGGAGUCUGAUGAUGAGUCAGUGUUCUUCGACUCCCCUGGCAGCGCCAGUGGCACCGCCCCGGAGAACGGCUUUGGCACCAAAGCUCGGGAGUACCAGCUGGCUGAGGUGUUGCAGGUCCGCCAGCGCCGCCACAGCGGGCACAGAGAAGCCAGGAAUGCCAGGGCCCAGUCACCUGCUGUCAGCCUGCGCAGCAUUGUCCCCUCACCCUCCCCUCACCACAGAGCCAGGCAGCAGGCUACGGAGGACGUGCAUCUGAAACAGGAAGUAACGCGUAUCGAGGAAGAGAGGAUCCAGGUGCUGAACAACAUAGAAGAGUUGGAGCAGAAGAUCAAAGACCUGGACAACCAGAUGGAGGAAUCCAUCAGAGAGAUGGAGGUGGAGCGGGCUCUGCUGGAGGGAGAGCAGGACUCUGAGAUGGCCCUGCUACAUAGGGAGAAGGAGGUACUGGACCAACUCAAUGAGAAGAUUGGCAGCAUUGACAAGACUGUCCUCACAGACAAGUCCCAGGAUGUUGAGGUGCUGGAGGCAGAGAGGAAGCGUAAUGAGGACCUGGAGUUCCAGCAGCUGGAAAGAGCGAGUAGUCAGGACGAGGGGAAGGAGGCUCAGACCCAGCAACUACUCAGAGAGAUAGCAGAUUACCAGCGUAGUACUGUCACACGCAAGGAGAGACUCCUGACCCUGAAGAAGCAGUCUACACAGAUUACUCAGCAGUCUCAGCGAGAGAAGGACAGCUUCCUAAAAGAGAAGAACAACCUGUUCCUGAUGGUUCAGAGGGAGAGGGAGAACCUGGCUUCUCUGGAGAGGAAGUAUGCUGAACUGACUGGAGGGCAGGCCUUCCCUAACAACCCUGUUGCCAUGAAGGAGCACUUCCGCUUUCUAGAGGAGAGGAGGCGGGGCAGUAAGGAGAACUCCUCCCACCUCAAUGACACUCUGCCACGUAAGAGGAGCCAGCAGGCCCUCAGUCACUACAGCAGCUCUACCCUGGGCCGCAGCCUGUCCCCUAAGUCCCACCUGCCUCUUUCCCAGAGCUCCAGCUGUGGUAGUAUCAUCCCCCGGGGCCUCUCUAUCUCUCCCAGAGUUCUGGAAACUCGACGCCUGCUCAAGGCAGGCCAUAGCCACCUGUACAUGAGUGAGAACAGACAGAGACUGGUUGACCUGUGUAGCAGGACCGUGUCUGAGUCCAAUGUCUUCCUGGACCCCUUCCACUACGCAGACAAUGGCCAUGGCUUUGACACACGCAGUAUGGACAGCUCUGACAGCAUGGAGACCAGCAUCUCUGCCUGCUCCCCAGACAACAUCUCCAGUGCCAGCACAUCCAACGUAGGAAAGAUUAAGGAGAUGGAACGUUUGUUACGAGAAGCCCAGGCUGACAAGCAUCGACUCCUUGAGCACAAGGAGCGUGAGAUGGAGGUGCGUAGGCAGGCCCUGGAGGAGGAGCGGAGGAGGAGGGAGGACCUGGAGAAGAGACUGCAGGAGGAGACCAGCAGGAGGCAGAAAAUGAUCGAGAGGGAGGUGAAGUUACGCGAGAAACAGAGGGCACAGGCCCGGCCGCUGACACGCUACCUCCCUCAGAGGAAGGAUGACUUUGACCUCCAUGGUCACAUCGAGGCAGCUGGACACAACCCAGACAACUGCUACCACCUGGCCAUCACCGAUAAAACCUGCAGAGGGUUCCUGGUCAAGAUGGGUGGUAAGAUCAAGACCUGGAAAAAACGCUGGUUUGUCUUCGACCGGAACCGCAAGACCCUGGCCUACUACGCAGACAAACAUGAGGUCAAGAUGAAAGGGGUCAUAUACUUCCAAGCUAUAGAAGAGGUUUACUAUGACCAUUUAAAGAAUGCACACAAGAGCCCCAACCCAUGUCUGACGUUUAGUGUGAAGACCCAUGACAGGGUGUACUACAUGGUGUCUCCCUCCCCUGAGGCUAUGCGCAUCUGGAUGGACGUCAUCGUUACAGGGGCGGAGGGAUACAUGCAAUUCAUGGUCUAAACCAGUGGCGGCUGGUGAUUGGCUGAAUGCCCGGGGCGCGAGGUGGUUGGAGUUGUAAACAAAACAGCAUGACAUAUGAUGCCAGGUUUUCGAGCUACUGGUAGUUUCUUUGAGAAGAUAUAUAAAGCGAUCUGUGCAUUUGAACAACAGCAUAAAUGACCACUGCUGCACCUGCUGCCACUGUUUUGAACAGAUUAGAUUAUACUAUUUAGAAUGAGAAGCAGGUCACGAACGAACAAGAACGUAACAAGCAUGCAGAUGCAGUAAGUGAAAACACAUGAUCUAACUGGGGUACUAUAGCUAAUAUACUGUCACAAAGCAUGAUGCGCUAGCCAGUUCAUUCUGAAUAUUUUCCAUAUUUCUGAGUUGGAUAUUAGUUUAGAAAGACCUGAAAUUGGCAUGGGAGCUAACUACCUAGCAAGUUACCAGAUAGCUAUAACUAGCUAGCUGCUUGUCAAAGGUAGAUAACUGGUUAAUUUGACAAAAAAAAUCUACUAAACUAUUUCUCAAUGUUUAUAAAAAUGACUGUAUCUGGCUUAAUUAAUUUGAUCAUGCUGUUUCAGUUCACACUACAUGUCGCCCUCUCACCUACAAGAGAACCAAAUUAACAACUUGGGGGGGAAACAAUACAAUUGGCCAGCCACCGUCAUGCUUUUUUGUCCUACCAGAUCCCCAAUGAGAAAGUUCUAGCUAGUGUAUCCCUCUGUCUUUCGACACUUGUUGGAUGUAGAUGUCAGGUCCCAGGCUCCAAUGACUGUUAUGGUUAUUUAUUUACAAGUUAAUUACAAUUCGAUUGUUGCUUUGGCGCCAUCUGUACCUGAUAGAGCACACAUCUGUACCUGAUCUGGCGCGAGAGACUCAUUGGGAGGGAGACUAGAACAGACCCAGAAGUUCUGAUCGAGCACGCAUUUGAGCGCCCCAGGACAGUCCAUUAACUUUGUACUGUUAUAAUUUAUUCUAAGAAAUCCUGCAAUUUCAUUGGGGCAGUUCCCCCUCAUAGCAAAUAGCUGGCAAAACAAUAUAAGCAAUGUUUGCAUGGCAUAUGCACCCGCGAGGGACAGAGUAGUAAGUAACUUGAACAGCUGAAUUUGAACAUUUUUUAAAUAGGAACAUGUACACAUUUACUGCACUUUUAUGAGCAUUUAAAACAUAAUUCAUGAAUUAUAUAAUAUAUACUGUAUAUAUUUUUUAUACAAAUAUUUUUUGUUGACCAAUCAUAAUUGGGGCACCGCCCUUAAUGGGCGGGCCGCUACUGGUCUAAACAACCCCCAUCCUGACCACAGACUCUCAGAUGACUAACAAACAGGGAAUAUACUCUCCUCCAGGCCCAUCGGUGCCUAAAAGACAAAACAAGUUGACUGGUCAGGUUUGAGAACCUCUGUGAACCUUCUGGUUUUUAGCUUUGUAACCACCUUAUUUCUGUCUUACUUCAGUGAGCCCAGCUCUCUCCCCCUCUUCCGGAUUCUGCUGAUGUAAUGGUCAUCUGAUACUUCGCAGUCUAGCAGGGAAGGACUUCCUCUGGAGGAGUGGGUGCCCAGUGCCGCUUGUUCAUUCGGAAAGGACUUACUCAGACGAUUCUGAUACUUAUCGCUUUAUGUUUGGAGAGGAGCCUUUUGGCACCUUAACAUGGUUUACCCUCAUGAUAUUUCAGGACUGUUAAUGACCCAGAGUCUAUGUCUGAGGUGUAUUAUGUAGUCUGAUAGGCUCACAGUGUACUAGAGAUUACUGCCCAUUCAGGACAAGAUACUUCUCUUCCAUUGUGGCGUAGUGAGAUUACACAUCGAAUCCUUUAAAGUAGUAUAUAUGAAUCAGUAGAAUCAUAGGAUUGAGGCUGCCAUUGGAUAUAAUAUUAUAAUAUAUGCCAUUUCACAGACGCUUUUAUCCAAAGCGAUUUACUGUCAUGCAUGCAUGUAUUUUACGCACAGAUAGUCUGGGAAUCAAACCCAUUACCCUGGCGUUGCAAGGCCCAUGCACUACCAAUUGAGCUAACGCCUCUACUUCUCUGGGUUGAGAAGAGGACCAGGGCCUGGUUUCCCAAAAGCAUCUUAAGGCUCAAUGGUUCUAAAGAUGAAUUUAGCCUUAAGAUGCAUUUGGGAAACCGGGACCACAUUGAUUUAAGGAACACAAGCUGUCCCAUCCUUUUCAUCAUCCAAAUUGAGCUGGCUGUUGAUUGGUCAACCAAAGCUCUCCCUCUGUUUUCCUUCCAGCUGGACAGUCUCUUUUUUCCCUCAAACACUCCCUCUCUCUCCGGGGCCAAACCUUCCUGAGACUGUCUAGCACCUGCACAGACUGAAAGGACAAUAUGUCCCUCCAGUGGAAAACCCAAGGUGAUGCACAUCACCAAUGUGUGUCCUUUGUAUCCUGCUGUUGCUUAGGAACGUGGAGAUAACAGGGGAAACCCUGAAACACCAGGGACUUGAAAGAUUUGAAAGUACCUCUCUCAGCACUAUGUACCAAAGACAUACCAUGUCUGUAUUUAAUAUGGAAAUCAUGGAAAUGGAACCUUAAGGCUCCACAAAGGGCUACUUACCGGGUGUGGAAGGCAUUGACUGUGUGUGUGUGUGUGUGUGUACCUUUUCGUGUGUGCCAUACAGCUAAAAUAAGUUAGCAAAAACAUUCCAGGGCACUUCCAGUACUAGUAAUGGCGCGUGGCAUUGUUUAUUGUGCCUUCAUCUGAGUUGUGUUUUAUGACAUAUAGUGUAGUAUCAUGCUGCCAGUGGAUGGGUGCAGCUCCCUACCCGAUCAAUGGGCUCAUUCAUUUCUGAAAGAUUGAGAAGCGUUGCGUCGUGCCUAAGAACAGCCCUUAGCCGUGGUAUAUUGGCUUAUUGCUAUUAUAAACUGGUUACAAACGUAAUUAGAACAGAAGAAUUAAACGUUUUAUCAUACCCGUGGUAUACGGUCUGAUAUACCAUGGCUUUCAGAUCAUCAGAAUUCAGGGCUCAAACCACCCUGUUCAUAAUUUGAGAUAUUACACAGUCGCUAUAAAACCUGUGCAGUACUUGGAUAUACUUACUACUUUUAAAAUGACUUUUUGGGUCACAAAUAAUGGCACAUUAAUUUAUAUUAGUUUAAUUUUCUUUUUUAACAAAUAUAUUCAUAUUUGUCAGUGGUAUGUGCAUGUUGAACAUACAAAUCAGCUAUUUAUGUGAAACCAAAGAGCAAUGCUGCAGUAUCUGCAGUAUUCUAGGGAGAUUAUAUGAAGUCAUGGAAAAAAGAAAAUGAGAUUCUACUUAUUUGACCCAGGUAUCUUAGCUGAUAUAUUUGUAAUUAUGACAAUGUUCUGAUAAUUGUAAGAUGUAAUGAUACUGAAAUGGCUCCCUCAUUCACCAUGAAGUCACAGGUAGAACGUAGUAGCAAGGUCCCUGACUGUCAACGAGGUGACUGCGGGAGUGUUAUGAAGAGGUGACUGCGGGAGUGCACACGAGACCAAUUAACUUCUCUGACAGUGUUGCAGAGGUGACAGCAGGUUAGCUCACAGGGAAUCUUUCACAGCGUUAUGAAGAGGUCACUGACAAGCUCUCUGUGACCAGUUGUCUUUUAAAGGAGGAUCCCCUAUGUGCUCAGUCUGUGUGACUACACAAUACAGGCACACUUUUCAGGUAUUUUCCAUGUAUAAGUUACCAAGGAAAAAACUCAACAUAACUGCAACACUUUUUUGAUGCAUUUUAAAUAUAUAUUUUGCAUUUUUAUAUGAACAGUGUUAUUGUUAAUCCUGCAUGUUUUUUAAACAAAUGUAAGAAUAAAUCAUAUAUGUUUACUAAUUUGUUUCAUGUUACUAUUGUUAUUCCACUAUAUUUAUACUUUGUCAAGUAUUGUAUUGAGCGUGUUGCUCUAACAAGGAGCGGAAGUAACAUUGAGAUCCAACUGCUACAAAGGGAGGCUUACUGGUUAUCCUAUCUAAAAACGUUGACCCCUAGUGGUCUGAAUAUUGACUUUGAACAAUUCUCUCUUAUAUGAACAAGUCUUAUACGUUGAUAUAUUCUUUCUACUGCUUAUUAGCGUACACUUAAUAUGUUCCCCUGUUGAUGCUUAUUAUGCUUUAAGGUUGAACCAACAAAUAUGAAAUGAACUAGGAAACAAUUAAAUAUGUGAAAUUGAAUUGAACAAUAAUGUAUGUUGAUGCUAAUAUUAUGUACAAUAUUCAAUUAUGUUUUCAUAUGACAAUAGCCGAAUAUAUGUAAUAUGCCAUGAACUACUAUUUUUUUAACAUUUUCACUCACUUGAUUCUAAUUAACGUAAUAAUUAUUGGUUGCACUAAUUGCACUGUUUGUCUACAUAACCUGGUUCAAGCAUUCUUGACGUCACCCUGAAGGAGGCAGAGUGUUUCCGAGACAUUGGUGAUUUACCCAAUAAACGACUGGGAGUUGAUAGA